AGGAGGGAGGGCUGAUGCCUGAAGAGGGAGUACCUAGAAAUGAGACACGAGGGGGGAGAUUGGAACAUGAUAUGUGGCCAGAAAGGAGGUGUUAUUGCAGCCUCUUCAGAUGUGUGAGUACAAUAACAGGCGAGUCUGCAUCCUUCUUCCUUAUGAGAGCACAUACAGGAGCGUGAUUUCUCCUGAGGAUGUCCUAAAAUGCUUUCCAUAGUCACAUGGCACUGUGAUGUCGUGCACGACGUCAGAGAGUCCAACUGCGGAAUAAGUACUGGUGGAUAAUUAAGAGCUGAGGACUAACUCACUAACAACAGUUACAAUGACCAUCAAGAAAGACAAGAAGAAGAUGACUGAUAGGAUAGUGAAUCAUGCGCUCGAGAUAAUCUUUCUGCUUACUGGAGAGGAAUACAUCAUUAUGAAGAAAAAUGCUCCCCAAAGCAUACACCUUCUGACUGGUGAGGUCCAUAUAAAGAGUGGAGAUGCUGCUGUCUAUUUUUCGACAGAAGAGUGGGAAUAUAUAGAGAGCCACAAGGAGUCUUACAAGGAUGUUAUGAUGGAGACCAUUGGUAGUUCUGGAAUCCCAAACAACAAGACCUUUGGUAAAAUUGUCACUAAAGUUGCAUUUGAAAAGGAACAAAAAGAGGAGUCAUAUGCAAUAAGGAGACUUGACACUAAAGUGCAGAAAAUCAGUGGAUAUGCCAGUCCUGGUGAAAUCAAUGAAGUUGUAUCAGAUAUAGAAAAUAAAGGGGAGCAAUAUGCGGACAGUAGCCUGGAAGACACUAUGCAGAUAAUCUGUGUGAAUGCUGACUCAGGUGAAUCCUCAAGUGUGGAUAUUUUAGAAGAAUCCCAGCCUGCCACGUGCAUAUCAGAUGAGGAGGUGGAAAAUGAAAUAGGCAAAAUAAACCCAGAGGUUGCAACAGACAUGGAAGAAAAAGUGAAGCAAUGUGCAGUAAGGUGCCUAGAUGAUGAAGAUGAUGAAGAUGAGGAAGUCUGUAUGAGCUCUGGCUCAGGUGGGUCUUGGAACAGGAGAAUGUCAGAAGAAUACCAAACAAAUGUAUGCAUAGCCCACGAGCUAGUGAAAUAUGAAUCCAGUGUGUUUCAUGGGCUUCAAUCAGAUAAUUCUAAAGGGAACUUGACUUUGUGGAAACAAGGAGAAGCCAUAUUUGCUUCACAGCCUUAUCAGUGUAAAGAAAAUGCAUUGGCUUUGAAUGAGAAGUUUGACUAUAUUAGCGAUGACGCCCUUCAGGAGGCUAUAAAACAUAACAAUAAAGAGAAGAAAGUUUGUGCUAAACUUUCCUCCGGAAAAUCAGGUUGUGAAUACUACACACUUGCUGAAGAUACACCAUUUAAUUAUAGUGACAGUAAUAAUCCAUACGUGACCACUCAGCAGAUGGCACACACUGAUGAUAGGUUGUAUGAAUGUACUGAAGGGGAAAAACACUUUCCUUAUGAUUCUAUUUUCAAUAGACAUCAAAUAAUUCACAAAAAAGAGGAGCCUUGCACUUCUGCUGAUUUUGACAAGAGUUUCAGCCCACACAAGGUCACACAUUACAUGGAUAGUUCAGGAGAGAAACCCUUUAGUUGUAAUGACUGUGGACAGUGCUUUACAAGACGAUCAAGUCUUCUUAGACACGGUAAAUUCCAUAGUGGAGACAACCCAUAUACAUGUCUUGUAUGUGGGAAAUGCUUCUCAAACAAGUCCCAUCUUGUGGCACACAGGAGAAUUCACGAGGGAGAGAAGCCAUAUUCUUGCCCUGAAUGUGGGAAAUGCUUUGCUAACAGGUCCUAUCUGUCCGUGCACAAGAGAACUCACACAGGAGAGAAACCCUAUUCAUGUCCUGAGUGCGGCAAACGCUUCACUGCCAUGCAAAGUGUUGUCAGACAUCGGAGAUCUCACACAGGAGAGAAGCCUUAUGCAUGCGGGGAGUGUGGGAAACGUUUCACCAGAAGGUCAUGUCUUAAUAGGCACAACAGAUCCCAUAUGAGAGUGAAACCUUUUCCCUGUUCAGAAUGCGGCCAGUGCUUCACCAACAAGGGACUCCUGGAUGCGCACAAAAUUACUCACACAGGGGUGAAGCUUUACUCAUGCACAGAGUGCGGCAAAUGCUUCACCCAAAUGGCUGCCCUCAUUGGGCACCACCGGUCUCAUAUAGAAGAGAAUCCCUGAAGAUCUCAUAACAUAAGCACAACAGGACUCAUGCAGGGUCUUAGGUGAUAUUACUUGGAGAAGUGUUUACCAGCAAACUCAUGCCAGAAAGAAUCUGUUUCCUUUAACUGAAGGCUGCUGCUUAGUGUUGUGCAAGAGAGAACACACACAGGAGAAAACAGAGACAGCACAUAUAUAGACCAUUACUUUACAUUGGAGAGGGCAGAACGAUGGAGCACUUGAAAUUUCCCUUAACUAAUUUUAUUUAAAUAUCGAGUUGUUCGUUUGUAAAAGAGUAUGUUGCAGCAUUCAUAGGGAUAGAUGUAAAAUGUCUGAUGUUUUUAGAACAUGAUGCUUGAGGAAAUUCGUUGUUUUGUUUUAUCCCCCCCCCAUCUACUCAAGAAGUCUGCUGACUGUAAUUGUUUUCUAAACAGCAAAGAUGUAAUCAAAAGUGCAAAGUCAGGGUCUUGUAACCUAUAGCAACCGAUAAGUUGGUCUGCUUUUUUGAAAUGCCUAAUUUUAUUAUGGGCAACUAGGACUGAUAUAAACUUUGCAUCUACUAUUACCCCCCCCCCCCCCGAUUGAUUUUUAACAAGGAGGCUGCUUUGCUGCAGAGCAAGGAAAAAAGACAUGUUAUAUAGAAGUGCAAAAUUGACCUGGGCUUAUUUCAAAUUAUUAUGCCUAAACGAAACACUAAUUAGUACAGGUAUGGGACCUAUUAUCCAGAAUGCUUGGGACCUGGGGUUUUCCGGAUAAUGCGUCU